GUACCCAGACCGCGUCCAUCCACAGGUUAAGUAAGAUUAACUAGUAUGAUAUUUCUCUAUUUUGACAGUCAUAAAAUGACCGUCGGCUGCAAGACAGUACACCCUUGAUCACCGACAGUUCCAGUUUGUUUCGCUGCAACAGUAACUAGGCCUACAAUUGGAUCUGAAGUGUACUCUGGGCUUUUAGCUCGUUUGGACGCGUCAUCAUGACAUCAAAAGCGCUCAUUCUGCAGGAUUUUGAGCCGUAUCUGAAGAAAAAAGUCCCUGGGACGUGGUGGGAGUACUUCCGACGGGGAGCAGACGCCCAACAGACUUUGGCUGACAACGGACUGGCUUUUCAAAAGUAUCGACUAAGACCUCGCUGUUUGCGGGAUGUAUCUAAGCGGGACCUCAGCACCACUAUAUUGGGCCAUCGUCUAGACUUUCCGGUCGGUGUCUCUCCGACAGCCUGUCAUGGUAUGGUCCAUCCCGAGGGAGAAAUCGCCACGGCUAAAGGCGUGGCUAGUGCUGGGUCAGCAAUGGCUCUGAGCAUAUUUUCAAGCAAAGACUUGGAAGACGUAGCCAACCCCCUUUCGUCCGAAACACCGCUGUUCCAACAACUGAACGUAUUUUGCGACCGUCAAACCUUGGAGCGAACAGUCGAGCACACCGAGCACAUAAUAAAACGAGCCGAGAAGGCAGGCUUGAAGGGCAUUGUGCUGACGGUUGAUCAACCACUUAUCGGCAGGCAGCUAGCUGAGCCAGUUGUCGAACCCCAUUAUUUAAAGUAAGUAUACAUAUUGUGCAUUGUUACUGCUGCAGUACACGCUUCCUACAAAACUUGGCCAAUCAACGUUUUCCUUAAUUUGUCAAUGCCAAGAGAAUAUUUCAAAAGGUUUGAAAAUCAUUCACAGCUACCAAAGCACAAGACAGUAAAGGAGUCUUGGUGAAAAGCGUAUUGAAAGUAUGUCAUUUAUAAUGAAGUAACGGACAAAAGCUGUUACCGACCAGGGGCGAAUGUAACCUGAGAAAAUAACACAGUGCGACCAAACGGGGAAAACCUUGACCAAAAGUAAAGUAAUAACAAUAACACUAAUAAGGGUCG